AUGGCGCCACUACCACAACCCCACCACAACAUAUUCCCCCGCUUCCUUUACACCCGUUCAGACUCCUGCGACGCAAACUACACCCCCUCAUGCUCCACCCACCGCAUCGUCCUCCUCAUCAUCAUAAUACUCGUCGGGGCCUUUGUCGGCAUCAUCUUGAGUCUAGUCUACGCCCGCAACUGGACCCGCAAUAACGCCCGUCAACGCGCCUUACGCGGCGACGACCGAUCAACCAGUGACUUUGACUUGCUGGGUCCGCAUCAUCAACAUGGAGUCCUGGCUUCAGUGAGGUUUCCGCAAGGGAGGGUUGGCCAUGGAAGGGUGGUACCUGACCAGAGCUGGAGGAAGUGGGAUGAAGGGGGUGCGGCGGGGUUUGAGGCGCCACCGCCGCCGUAUAUGCCGAGGAUGCCGGAUGCUGCGAGGGUGGGGAGGUGA